GCGAGAAGCGUGUGUGUCAUCAGCCAGGAACCGGUGGCGUGGGUUUCCCUUGUCAAACUACACGCUCUCUGUUUUCUUCAGUCCACACAAUAGAGUUGUUAGUUGCUCGCAACUUGGUUCAACAUGGCGGAGCGAAAAGGAAGAGCAAAGUUGGACUUUUUGAGAAAGAUUGAGAUAGAGAUCCAGGAGAAAUGGGAGAGAGAGAAGGCAUUUGAGCAUGAUGCCCCGACAACAAUUGGGGAAAGCACAAACAAAACCAAGUACUUUGUCACCUUCCCCUACCCCUACAUGAAUGGCAGAUUGCACCUUGGUCACACCUUCAGCUUGUCAAAAUGUGAGUUUGCUGUUGGAUACCAGGCCAUGAAAGGGAGGAAAUGCCUCUUCCCAUUCGGGCUGCACUGCACAGGAAUGCCAAUCAAAGCCUGUGCAGACAAGCUGAAGAGAGAGAUGGAGGUGUAUGGAAACCCUCCACAGUUUCCAGACGAGGAGGAAGAGGAGAAGGUGAAGCCAGAGGCGUCUGAUGAAUUCAUCAUCAAGGACAAGGCAAAGGGCAAGAAGAGUAAAGCAGUGGCCAAAACCGGAUCCGCCAUUUUCCAAUGGGACAUCAUGAGGUCUUUGGGCCUGAGUGACCAGGAGAUUACCAAGUUUGCCAACGCUGAACACUGGCUGGAGUACUUCCCUCCUUUGGCCAUCCAAGAUCUCAAACAGAUGGGAGUCAAGGUGGACUGGAGGCGUUCAUUCAUCACCACCGAUGUGAACCCCUUCUACGACUCCUUCGUCAGGUGGCAGUUCACCACACUCAAGGAGAGAAAGAAGAUCAAGUUUGGCAAAAGGUAUACCGUCUACUCCCCGAAGGAUGGACAGCCCUGCAUGGACCACGACAGGCAAACAGGAGAGGGAGUUGGACCUCAGGAGUACACUCUCAUCAAGAUGAAAAUAGUUGAACCGUACACGGCAAAGUUCAAGGCCAAAGUCUUUUAUAGCAGCGCCAUGAAAGGCAAAAACAUCUUCCUAGUGGCCGCCACUCUGAGACCAGAGACCAUGUUCGGUCAGACCAACUGCUGGGUGAGGCCCGACAUGAAGUACGUCGCCUUCGAGACGACCAACGGAGACAUCUUUAUCGGCACCAGUAGAUCUGCCAGGAACAUGUCCUACCAGGGCUUCACCAAAGAGAAUGGGGUGGUGCCCUUGGCCAUGGAGAUCCUGGGACAGGAUGUCCUUGGCUGUGCCCUGAGCGCUCCUCUGACCUCCUAUAAGAUCAUCUAUGCUCUGCCCAUGCUCACCAUCAAGGAAGACAAAGGUACGGGGAUAGUUACCAGUGUGCCUUCCGAUGCUCCUGAUGACAUCGCUGCUCUCAGAGACAUCAAGAAAAAACAGGCUCUACGAGAGAAGUACGGCAUUGAAGACAAGAUGGUGUUGCCGUUUGAGCCGGUCCCCAUCAUAGAGAUCCCAGGCUAUGGGAACCUCUCCGCUCCUCUGGUGUGUGAUGAGCUGAAGAUCCAGAGCCAGAAUGACAAGGAGAAGCUGGCUGAGGCCAAAGAGAAAGUCUACCUGAAGGGAUUCUACGAAGGGAUCAUGCUGGUUGAUGGCUACAAGGGGCAGAAGGUCCAGGAUGUCAAAAAACCCAUCCAGAAGAUGAUGAUUGAGAGGGGUGAGGCCAUGAUCUACAUGGAGCCGGAAAAACAGGUCAUGUCGCGUUCAGCUGAUGUGUGUGUGGUGGCUCUCUGCGACCAGUGGUAUUUGGACUAUGGGGAUGCAGAGUGGAAGCAGCAGGCAAAUGAAGCCCUCAAGUCUUUGGAGACAUUCUGUGACGAGACCAGGAGAAACUUUGAGGCCACGCUGGCCUGGCUGCAGGAGCACGCCUGCUCUCGCACCUACGGACUUGGAACGCGGCUGCCUUGGGACAAGCAGUGGCUGAUUGAGUCACUAUCGGACUCCACCAUCUACAUGGCUUACUACACUGUAGCCCACCUCCUCCAGGGAGGUGUGCUCAACGGACAAGGAGCCUCACCACUGGGCAUCAAGCCGGCGCAGAUGACCAGAGAGGUGUGGGACUUUAUCUUCUUUAAGACGUCUCCUUUCCCCAAGACGGACAUCCCUAAAGAGUGUCUGCAGAGGUUGAGGAGGGAGUUUGAGUACUGGUACCCUGUGGACGUCCGUGUUUCUGGCAAAGACUUGGUGCCGAACCACCUGUCCUACUACCUGUACAACCACGUGGCUAUGUGGCCCAAAGACAGUGGGAAGUGGCCACAGGCAGUGAGAGCCAACGGACAUCUGCUCCUCAACUCUGAAAAGAUGUCCAAAUCAACUGGAAACUUCCUCACACUCUGCCAAGCCAUUGACAAGUUCUCGGCAGACGGUAUGCGUCUGGCUCUAGCCGAUGCCGGGGACACGGUGGAGGACGCCAACUUUGUGGAGACCAUGGCUGACGCUGGCAUCCUGCGCCUCUACACCUGGGUGGAGUGGGUGAAGGAGAUGAUCGCCAACCAGAACAACCUGAGGACAGGACCUGCAGACACUUUCAACGACCGGGUCUUUGCCAGCGAGAUGAAUGCAGGCAUCCUGAAAACCGAACAGCACUAUGACAGGAUGAUGUACAAGGAGGCCCUGAAGUGUGGCUUCUUUGAGUUCCAGGCAGCCAAAGAUAAGUACCGUGAGCUGGCGAUCGAGGGCAUGCACAGAGACCUUGUCUUCCAGUUCAUAGAGAAACAAACUCUGUUGCUGGCCCCCAUCUGCCCACACCUGUGCGAAUACACUUGGGGUCUGCUUGGCAAGACGGGCUCUCUGAUGAAGGCGCCAUGGCCUGUGGCGGGUCCAGUAGAUGAGAUUCUGAUCCGCUCCUCUCAGUACCUGAUGGAGACCGCACACGACCUCCGACUGAGACUCAAAGCGUACAUGCAGCCGCCCAAAAACAAAAAAGGUGAUUCAAAGCCUCCAGCCAAGCCCUCCCACUGUAACAUGUACGUUUCCAAGAGCUACCCACCGUGGCAGCACAGCGCCCUAUCCCUGCUUGGCAAGCACUACAAGGACAACAAUGGGGCUCUUCCAGACAACAAAGUGAUAGCAACCGAGUUGGGAGCCCUUCCUGAGCUGAAGAAAUACAUGAAGAGAGUCAUGCCUUUUGUAGCCAUGAUCAAGGAGAACCUGGUGAAGAACGGGCCGAGGGCCUUGGCUCUUGAGCUGGAGUUUGAUGAGCGGGCAGUUGUGAUGGAAAAUCUGGUCUACUUAACCAACUCUCUAGAGUUGGAGCAGAUCGACGUCUUGUUUGCGACCGAGGGUGACGACAAAGUGAAGGAGGACUGUUGCCCAGGGAAACCAUUCAGUGUCUUCAGAUCAGAGCCUGGAGUGUGUGUGUCCCUGGUCAACCCUCAGCCAUUCAACGGCCAGUUUUCCACAAAGGUUGACAUCCGGCAGGGCGACAGUGGAGACAGCAUCAUCCGCAGGCUAGCCAAGGUCAACAGACUCAUCAAAGAUCUGUCCAGAGUCAAGUUGAUGAGGUACGAGGAUCCUGUGCAGGGGCCUCGCCGGGUGCCCAUCCUGGGACAAGAGGAGCAGGGCAAACUGCCCAUCUCUAAUAAAUCACUGUUCAAUGUCAAUCUUGAGCAGAAUAAGGUCACCAUCGCUGACAAUGGCCUAACUGUUGACAUCGGAGACUGUCUGGUUUACCUGGUUAAUUAAAGUCACAUUCACUGUCUCCCACACGCAUACAGGCGCAUGUUGGCACAUUCAGCAGUGAAUUAUUUGUUAAAGGUUUAAAGGCAUCAUGAAAUGUUGCCACAAAAUGGGUAAGCCAUAAAACACCCACUCAAACAUGUAGCCUAUGUAUGUUUCUAUUAUUCAUGUUUCUGUACUGCAUCAUUUGCUAGAUGCACCUGGUGUUAGGUUUCACAUUUGCAAAGGUUUUCAUUGUUUUGAAACGUUUCACUGCUGAAUGUGACCUAAGGAAUUAUCUUAAACUAAUGGGACCUUAACAUUUUGAUUCAUGAGAACAUAUACAGUUGCUUUACAUUCAGAUGUGGGUUUGGUCUGCAAAAAAUGGAAAUGGAGGGUCUGUAAUACAUUAUUUCCCUGAUAAAUUCCCAGACUACCAUGUUUUCAGAACCUUGGUGACGUUAUUUGGUGGUGGGAGGAAGAAAAAACAAUCUUAAAAAUAGCCUUAUUUUUCCCUGAACAAUUUGAUGUGGGAGGGUAACACCGGAAUUUGUGUUCUAUCCCGUCUUUACAUAGUUGUUUCAAGAUAAAUCUAGUCAUAUUUCUAUAAACAAUCAGACAAUAAAUGAUCAACUAUCUUUAUAUACAUAUACCCACAUGUACUAUUAUGCCAUGGUCAUCCACUUUUAUUUUAUUACAUCGUGAGACUGCUCCCACAUGCUCCUGAAUGCCUGUUAUUUUCAUAUAGAUGGUAAUGCGUCUGCUGUGUUGUUUUAUAAAUUGACGUUGAGGCAUAUCAUUCCCUCAUGUUCUGUCAGCCUGUCGGACAGAUUUCCAAUUUUCUAGCGGUGGAUGUUGUUAUCUCACUCUUGCUUUCCAGAGAAAUAAUAAAAACCUAUGAAAUA